AUGGUGUCAGUAUUAGGUCCCAGAAAUGUUUUAGUUGUAUCUCAAGAUGAUAAAGCACGAAUACCUCUUGGUUUAGCUGCGGCAAAUAAACAAGCACCAAUCCUAAUGAGGUUAGAAUACCAAGUGAAGCUUCUAGAUCACGACUGGAUUGUUGCUGAAAGGCAUAAACUGAUUUCAUCAGUUUAUGCAAUAUUAAAUGUGGAGGGAGGUAAGUAUAGAAAUUCCAAAGCAGUAACUUAUUCAGGUCCAACAUUUAUAAGGGUCUGUAGUGGUAAACAUGACAGCAGUACUGCCUACUCACAUGGUAAAGACUUUGAUGAACUGAUGGUUAAGAAGAAAUUGCAUGAUUAUACUAAAAUGGAUGGCCAGCCUAAACCUGUAAUGGUGAUGCUAAGCGAUGGUAGUCCUGAUGAGAACUCUCGAUACAAAAAGACAAUUCAAAUAAUGAUUAAACAUUUUGACAAAUAUGAUCUUGAUACAAUCAUUGUGGCAUGCUUCGCGCCACAUCAGAGUGCAUCCAAUCCAGUAGAAAGACGAAUAGCGCCCUUAAGCCAUGACUUAGCUAGCAUAAUCCUCCCACUUAAUACCUUUGGAUCGCAUUUGGAUUCACAGCUAAGAACAGUUGAUGAGGAAUUAGAAAAAUGUAAUUUUAAAGCAGCCGGAGAUGUUUUGACAUCAGUAUGGGAAGAUACAAUUAUCGAUGGCUAUCCGGUUCUUGCUAAAUACAUAAAUCCUUCCGAAGAAACCUACUUCCUGAGGGAAAAAUCAGCAACUUGGAUGGAAAAUCAUGUAAUGACUUGCCAUUAUAUGACUCAAGUUACAAAGUGUAAUGAUCCAAGUUGUUGUAAACCUUUCCGAAGUGGAAUCCAGCAGAUUCUUCCAAAACGAUUUUUCCCACCACCACUCUUUACCCAACAAAAACCUCAUGGUAUUUGCGCAGCAAGCAUGAGUAUAUCCGAUAAUACAACUCACUUUAGUAGCUUUCUUCUCUCUGUAUUAAUGGAAGGAAAGUUAAUUCCUCCAGACACGAAUCUACAUUAUCUUCCUUUCAAUUGGUAUUGCCCAACUGUAAAUAAGUCAAUCAAUGAAUAUCUCUGCUUUUAUUGUAAACGGUAUUUCGCUUUAAAAGAAGCUUUGAAAUACCAUACUCGAGGAUGUUCACAUAAGCAAUCAAAUUUACUUGUAGAACCUGAUAUGGAUACUUAA